AUGCCUUCCGAAUUCCUCAUUCACCGUCUCCUCCCAUCUAACCUUGAGGUGGUGAUGGCCAACCGACGUGCCGCAGCCAAGGGAAAGAAACCCCAAGACCGCGACGCCGAAAGCACUACCACUAGCACAUCAAAAUCCUCUUCCUCUUCUUCUGGCAGCCGAGCGGGAAGCGUCAAGGUUCCUAUGGCAAGAACCAGCUUCGCACGAUGUUAA